UGGGGCUCUCACCAUUGUUAGGCGCCAGAAAACUUCAAACUACAGUCAACGUUUCAAAAUCCGCUUCUCUGUUCAUCUUCUCCCCACCCCUGCCUAACCGACUAUAAUUUUUUCAUAACCCGCUUCUGUAAAACUCUCAAAUUUAAAAUCUUUUUCCUCGUUUCUCAUCUGGGUCUUCAUCAUAUUUUUUCUGGGUCUCUUAUUAUUAUUAUUAUUUUCUCGUUCAGGAAUGGAAGUCAAUCCCACCCACGACGGUGGCGAUGACACCUCGGAAACGCCACUGCCGCCAAUGGUGGACCCAUCUCCGUCUCCGUCUCCGCAAAUGAAAGAAGAGGUGAUGGACGCGGAGCAAGGCGGUGACGUAUCGCUUCCAAUGAGCGUUGUUCCGGCGUCGUUGACAGUGUCAACUGAGGCAGCGGCGAAACGAUCGUCGAAGGACCGGCACACGAAGGUGGAGGGACGCGGCCGGAGAAUCCGUAUGCCGGCGACGUGCGCGGCGAGGAUCUUUCAGCUGACGCGGGAACUGGGACACAAGUCCGACGGAGAAACAAUCCGGUGGUUGCUGGAGCACGCAGAGCCGGCGAUCAUCGAGGCCACCGGAACCGGCACCAUACCGGCGAUCGCGGUCUCGGUCGGCGGCACACUCAAGAUUCCGACAUCCUCGGAAGCGAGAGCCCAGGGAGAAGAAGACACUCCGAAAAAGCGAAGGAGAAGAGCAUUAAAGAGCGAAUUCAUCAACCUGAACGAAAACCAGGUUUCGGUGUCUUCAGGGCUGGCACCAAUCGCACAAAGCAGCGCAUAUGGAAGUGGUGGUGGUGGACUUGUUCCUCUGUGGCAUGGUAACGGUGCUGCUGCUGGGCCUUUCUUCGUGUUUCCGAACGCUUCAAACCCACCUCAGUAUUGGGCCAUUCCGGCAACCGCGGCCCCGUUUUUCAACGUCCAGGCCCGGCCCAUUUCGGGGUUCGUUUCCGCCUUGCAGAUGCAACAUGAUAACCACCACCACUCUUUAAUAAACGCUGCUGCCUCGGGUUCUGUUAAAUCUUCGUCCACUGUGAGUGUCACUAGCAGUGCUGCUUCCACUCAAAUGCUCAAGGAUUUCUCCUUCGAAAUUUAUGACAAGAAAGAGCUUCAAUUUUUAGGUCAACCACCACCACCCUCUUCAUAGCCUUGAACUUUAAUACAAUAUUCAAAUACUAGUGUCUAUUUUUUGUUUUUUCAAUUUUAGUUUUAGACAUGUUUGUUUGUAAUAGUUAGGAGGAUUUAGGGACAAAUUAUAUUGUAUUUUAAUUGAAACCUUUUAAUUUAAGCUGUUGA